UUGGCACUCAAGACUAAAUCAUCAAUAUCUCUGCUCGAGUUCUCACAAUCACCAGCAAGCAAAGAUGUUGGAGCCGAGGAGACGUUCAGUUUUCUUCAUCGUUCUGGGUCUUCUCCACCUCGUCUCCUCAGAGCCUAGGUCACCUUUGACCAACAGAACAUUGGACAUGAAACUGGCGAUGCCUCUAACCAAGACUUCUCUGGUCAAGCUUCUGUCAUCUUGGAUGCCGAACCCACCGGAAAAGUUGGCCAAAAGAGAUGGCCUUACUGUGCCCUUGCACUUGCAUUCUUUAGAGCCCCCGGGUCACUGGCUUCAAGGAGAGUACUGCUCAUUUACAGAGGUCAUCCUCGAGCACUUCAGGCACUACGUAUCAUUGCCCAUUACCAUCUUCAGCAACCUGAGAGGACCCAACGAGGUGUGCGACCACCUCAACGUCGAUAAGGUCUCCAUAGAGCUCGACAGCCACCAGGAACUCAUACCCACUUGGCUGAGAGAUGCCACGCUCGUAGGAGAGUGCCCCUGGCAGUUGGUGAAGCGCAAGCUAGACGACGACAUGGUUCCUCCCGAAAUCCUGGAAGUGAAUUGCCUUUGCAAUGGCUUCCGGUGCUCGGAGGGAGGUCUCUUCAAGUGCACGCCGGUAAGCCAGGAGGUCAAGAUGUGGAGAAGCAAUACCUCAAAGAGCUACCUCCUGCAACUUGACCGCAUCCGGGUCACGAUUGGCUGCGUCUGCGCCCAGCGCCGCAGCCCAGAGGCCGGCUAUGUUGACCAUGUCGAGAGUGACUAACCCUUUUGACCUCCUUGGAGUUUGACCCACGAGUAGUGAAAUUUUCAAUGGCUUUCACGAUACAGGAUUCACUGAUAAAAAGAAUAGAUAACUCUAGUUAGCUGUGUGAAGUACUGAUAUUAUUGUUUAUAACCACUUGUAUAAUGUUCUUCAAGAGGAUGUCAUAAUAAUAGAUAUAAUCUUGAAAGGUAUAACACAUAGCUUUGAGACUGUUUGGAAACGAAAGGAAUGUAAACAUUGAGGAGGACAUAUUGUUGUAUCAGGAUAUAUGUAUAUAAAAAAGCAAAUAAUAAACUUUCUGUUUAGUCUGACGCUAGGUUGUCCAUUCUGAAAUAAAA